AUGGCUACGCCAACGGUAUCAACGCCAGUGAAGUCUCAUCGAGGCAUCUUUGCCUCAAAGACGGCUGGAGGUCGUAUGCCUCUCACUCCGUCUCCUCGUCCUAGAACUGAGAGCAUUACGUCAAACCACUCGUCCCCGUUCACCCCUUCCCGUGACCCAUCGGAUUUCAGCAAAGAUGAUAAGAAGUCCGUCUACGGAGGAAACCUCACACAAUACUUCACCAAGUCGGUCUCGACAAGGGCUUCUCGGAGCUACCGCGAAUCGCCCAAGUCCAACAUCGCCCGUAUCCGCAAGUCGCCGAAGCACCUGGAGUUGGGUGUUUCGGAGUGGACCUUGACCGGCACCGGCCCUUCAUCCUCGCAGUCUCCUUCGGCCAAAGAGCGUACACGCAAAGAUCUCCCCACACGGAAAGAAGUCUCGACCCGCACACGAUCUGGCAAGACCACGGUUCGCGUUCCGCACAAUGCUGGUGACCGAUUCAUUCCCAACCGCACCGCAAGCGAAGGGCUUGCAACGGCCGGUACUGCCAAGCCGGAGGAAAGCCAGCGUCCAAAGACCAGUGGAAAUGGCAAGGAAGGCUCUUCUGUGCUUGCCAGCGCAGCUAGUGCUUUUGAUAUUGGUGGUCGUGGAAGCAGCGACGAGGAACUCACAGCGGCCCUUGACAACCUGGGCCUGGAAGAUAACGAGACCUCCACUUCCUCGUACACACGACCAGCACCGGAUGCGGUUGCGUACGAAUCAUCACUGGCCGAUGCAUGUGGCGUGAACCUGAACACCAGAAUCCUGGCCUUCAAGCCUCCUCCGCCCGAGUCGUCCAAGCCCAUUGACCUUCGGGCUCAGUACAACCGUCCUCUCAAGCCUAGCAAGUCCCAGUCCGCCCAGUUCCGCCGGAGAAUCCAGACGGCUCCCGAGCGUGUUCUCGACGCACCCGGUCUGCUCGACGACUACUAUCUCAAUCUCCUUGACUGGAGCUCUGGAAACCAGGUGGCUAUUGGUCUCGAGCGCAACGUCUACGUGUGGUCUGCCGACAGCGGGUCCGUCGACUGCCUCCUAGAGACCUCUCCUGAUACGUACGUGAGCAGUGUCAAAUGGAGUGGUGAUGGUGCUUAUGUGGGUGUUGGUCUGGGCACGGGUGAGGUUCAGAUUUGGGACGUUGAGGAGGGGACCAAGCUUCGAAGCAUGUACGGCCACGACUCUCGUGUCGGCGUCAUGGGCUGGUCCAAACACACUCUCUCUACUGGUGCACGCAGCGGUCUUGUCUACAACCACGACGUCCGUAUCGCCCAGCACAAGGUGGCAGAGCUCGUUUCCCACACAUCAGAAGUCUGCGGCUUGGAGUGGCGCUCUGACGGUGCACAGCUUGCGACGGGAGGUAACGACAACUUAGUCAACAUCUGGGAUGCCCGGUCUCUCAGCGCCCCCAAGUUCACCAAGACCAACCACCGUGCUGCUGUCAAGGCUCUCAGCUGGUGCCCCUGGCAACUGAACCUGUUGGCCACCGGAGGUGGUUCGUAUGACCGUCACAUCCACUUCUGGAACACUACCACCGGUGCCCGUACCAACAGCAUCGACACCGGCUCGCAAGUGACCAGUCUGCGGUGGAGCAACCACUACCGGGAGAUUGUCAGCUCGAGUGGAUUCCCGGACAACUCGCUGAGCAUCUGGAGCUACCCGACACUGGUCCGCAACAUUGAAAUCCCUGCGCACGAGACCCGUGUCUUGCACAGCUCACUGAGUCCGGAUGGUCAGCUCCUGGCUACCGCUGCUGCAGAUGAGAGCUUGAAGUUCUGGAAGGUGUUUGAGCGUAAGGCUGGCACUAGUGCUUCGGCAUCUCGCGAAGGAGGUGUCGGUAGCAAGGCGAAGAUGAACAAGUCGAUGACCAUUCGUUAG